GGCGUUCCCAGACGUUAAAGAACUGCGCAUGCUCGGCUCGAUCUUCCACCAAAUUCGAACAAUAUGGCGGCGCUGUUGACAACAAUAACAGAGGAGUGGAUACGAGAGAAGCUACAUCUAAAUCACCACUGCCUUGGUAAUAUCUUUGACACUUGUAGCUUGUAAAUUGGCAGGCUAGAUAUAUGAUGAGUUUGAUUUAAAAAACGUUUUAUACUGCCAUUAAUAGCUUAUCAAUGCUAACGUUAGCUCGCCAGCUAAACAGUACUUUGCAUUUACCUGGUAACAGGUAGCUAUCUAGUUAUCUAGCGAAAGAUGGACAACGUUACAAUGGGUCUACAACUACCCAACAACUCUACUCUGCUUGCUGGCUACUAACAUUCAUGACCACUUUACAGCGGAUGUGAGAUCACUGAGCCUCCCAGGCUCGUACAAGGAGAAAAUCAGACAUCUGGGAAUCUCACUAAAGAACUUUGUCCGUUUGAAAACCCUGAACCUCUCCUGUAAUGCACUCAUCUCUGUCGAGGUGAGAUGUCUCUCCACAGACAAAUGUAUACAGUACAUGGUGACUGAAGUCUGAAUGUGUAGAUCUUCUUGCGUCCAAAAUGGUACUCUAUUCCAUAUUUUACAUUUACAUUUUAGUCAUUUAGCAGACGCUCUUAUCCAGAGCGACUUACAGUUAGUGAGUGCAUACAAUUAUUAUAAUAAUUGUUUUAUACUGGCCCCCCGUGGGAAUCAAACCCACAACCCUGGCGUUGCAAACGCCAUGCUCUACCAACUGAGCUACAUCCCUGCCGGCCAUUCCCUCCCCUACCCUGGACAACGCUGGGCCAAUUGUGCGCCGCACCAUGGGUCUCCCGGUCGCGGCCGGCUACGACAGAGCCUGGAUUCAAACCAGGAUCUCUAGUGGCACAGCUAGCACUGCGAUGCAGUGCCUUAGACCAUUGCGCCACUCGGGAGACUAUUAUUCCCCAUAUAGUAUGCAUUAUUUUGACCAGGGCUCUGGGCAAAAGUAGUUCACUAUGUAGGGAAUAGGGUGCCAUUUGGGACACACACUGAAUGUGUAAGUCACAUUUGUUUCUUUCUAUGUUUGUUCAUUUAUAGGGGGUCCAACACUUGAAGAUGCUGGAGAGGCUGAACUUGUACUACAACAGCAUUCCCUCCCUUCAGGAGGUCAAAGUGCUCUGCAAGCUGACUGCUCUGAGAGAGCUGGACCUGAGGCUCAACCCUCUGGCUAAAACAGAUCCACACUACCGCCUGUACUUGGUGCACGCACUGUCCAACCUUCGCAAGCUUGGUACCUAUAGCUACCAUAUUUUAAUCUUGAGUCCGAUUGGCUGUCCAAUGAUAUUGCUGUUAGAUAGUUCUUCUUACCAAUCUGAAAUGUGAUGUUUGUUUUCUUAUUGUUUUUUCCUGCAGAUGACUGUCCAGUCAGGGACAGUGAGAGAAGAGUUUCAAUCAUGCAUUUCUCCUCAGACUCUGCGCUCGGACCCCAACAGAUGAGCUCCUCAGAGACAGACAUCACUGACCAGAGGUACUGUACACUACAGGGUUAGACAGACAUCACGGACCAGAGGUACUGUACUCUACACAGUGUUAAUACAUCAGCUUGCUAAUGUAAGGAGGUCUUGUUUGCGCACCAAGGUCUCUUGUCUUCAUUCAAUAUUGAUUUGUAUUAUUAUAAAACAUACUUCAGAUGUCAUUUUUUUUUAAACAAGUAAACUGUUCUUUAUAAGGCAUUGUUUCCAAUAGUCUGUACAGUGUAACAACUGUCAUAUUACAGUGUUAUAGAUUGUAUUAUACAAUAUUCUUCUAAUACUGCUAUGUUGUGAUGUAAUAAGUGUUUGAUUGGUGUCUUCCAGGAGCAGUAAGCCGAGGUUGGCCUCAGUAAAUCGCCUGACCAAGAAGCUCUCUGUCCUGGAUGACAACUAUGACAUAGUGUUGAACCUUGUUGCUAAGAGCAACUGGGACCAAAGUGAACCUCUGUUCCUUACUGGCUCUUUCCACAAGGAACCAGAGUCCCAGCUCUAUCAUCAGAUCAAAGAUGAGUGUGAGUUUGUUGUUUCAUCACAGAAUAGUACAUUAUUUUUUACAUUGACAAAUGACAGUAUGAAUUGGUAUUGGAGCUUGAUGUACACCAUGACUGUUAGUGUAAGGAAAGUCCACCAGGGGGAGACAAAAGUGUUCAGAUGUUCUUUAGUUUUGCCUAGGAACAUGGGGGAUUUUGCUCAUUUAUGGCAAGAUUUCAGAGAUUUACCCUUAAUUGAUUACAUUCAGCACUUGAUGAAUUGCAUGUUUAACUAGUUACAUUCAUUUUGGUCUACCACUAAAAUGUGCAUAUGAUCAGCUUGUCAUUCCCAGUCCAAUGGUCUACGUUUAAGAGAAGGAUCUCGAAUGAAAGGUUCUUCCUCCUCGUUGAAAACGUCAGAGGGGCCGAGGGUAACCUUUAACCCCUGUGAAGAGAAACACAGCGGGGCUAGCUCUGGACGGGAGGAGCGAGAGAAACUCCCCAAACACCUGAGAGUCACAGCCAAGGGCCACUUCACCCCUCAUCCUGGUGAGAUCACACUCUGAAUAUCCUCUCUGAGAAAUUUGGUGUCACAGCUGUCACACAAACCAUGUGGCAUGAAUGUCCUACAGUAGAGGCUACUGAGGGGAGGACGGCUCAUAAUAAUGGCUGGAACGGUGCAAAUGGAAUGGCAUCAAUCUCAUGGAAACCAUAUGUUUGAUUUAUUUGAUACCAUUCCACUUCUUCCGCUCCAGCCAUUACCACGAGUCUGUCCUCCCCAAUUAAGGUGCCACCAACCUCCUGUGAUAUCCUAAUACAACAUUCAGAGUAUUUUGCACUGGCUUCAUCCUCCUUUAGAUCAAGCAGACCAGCCUAAGUCUUCCUUAGUGAAGAUCCGCCCCCCCAGUCCACGAAGUCUCUGUCCAAAUAGCUCUGAUGCCUCCAACCCCAUCCUGCACCCUCCCAGACUGUCCUACCAUAACACUCAGCAGACAGCAGGGGGCUCCACCUCACCACAGAAACAUGCCAAGCAACAGAAGGUGAGACAUUUCAGAGAGAAAACCCACCUAUCCGUACCAUUCAUCCUAGAGAAAACCCACCUAUCCCUACCGUACCAUUCAUUCAUCCUAGAGAAAACCCACCUCCCCUACCGUACCAUUCAUCCAUCCUAGAUCUUACUGUUCAUUAUAACCAGUCAUUUGUAAUUGUAUCAAAUCUAUCUCCUAGGGAAGCUAUAGGAAACCAAUGGAGAUGCUGCUGAGCCUAGUGGACAAGCACUGGACAGGGGAGAGGCCACUGAACCAUGACCACAACUUCCUCUGUGAGUAUGAAACCCCCCAUGUACUGUAUAGCUUACCUGCUUAAUGGAGAAUCUGGGUCUACUAGUAUUUAUCUGACCUACCUCCAGCUCAGGCAGUCCAGAUCCUCUCCAUGAUGGAACAAGACAUCUCCAGUGGAGAAGACGAGGUCAGGACGUUGAGAGGGAACGUUGAAGAGCUGAAGGAGCAGGCAGAGAUACGAGACCAAGAACACAGGACAGAGACCCAUAGACUAACUACACAGCUGAAAGAAGCACACAUGUCUGUUGUAAGCUUCAGACUGUUCAAAGCAGCAUCUUCAAUGAUAUUACCUCAUGUUUGAAAAUGCAUGAGACCCUGACUCCACAAAGUGUUGAGAAUGGAUGGAUGGAAUUAUGUUCAAUGUCUUUUGAUUGAUUGCAGGACAGCGUGAAUGAGCAGCUGAGGAUACUAUUGGACGAUAACAUCUCUCUACAGAAACAGAUGAUCAAAUUAGAACAACAAUAUCUCAACUCUAUGAUGAAAAGUUCACCUAACACUGAGAUAUGUGGUGAGUGAAAUAAAAGCAGCUUUUUGAUAUACCUGGUCAGUGGUCACUAUACUGGGCAGAAUCUGACCGUGACAUAGAUCACAUGUAACCGUGAAGUAGAGCACAUGUAAGAGUAAUGCAAGAUGUUCCACAAAUCUGAUUUGAUUUCAGUCUGUUAUAUCUGUUGAUGUUGCGUGUCAGUGUGCAUUUGUAUUGCUGCAGCUUUAGCAUCAUGUGCUAACUGUGGUCCAUGUGGAUCUGUAUUGCUGCUAGCAUCAUGUGCUAACUAACUGUGAUCCAUGUGGUUCUGUAUUGCUGCUAGCAUCAUGUGCUAACUGUGGUCCAUGUGAAUUUCUAUUGCUGCUAGCAUCAUGUGCUAACUAACUGUGGUGUCUUUCUCUCCAGAGAGGCAGGCAGAGGUGGAUGAGCUGAGGAGGAAGGUAUCAGAGCUGAGGGAGAAGGUCCAGGAGGGGGAGAGAGUCAAGGAGCUGGCAGAUAUGCUGCAGGAUAACCAUAGGUAAGCACACACUACACUACACUAUGUCCAGUACCACCUGGAGCUAAGAUACUACACUAUGUCCAGUAUCACCUGGAGCUAAGAUACUACACUAUGUCCAGUACCACCAGGAGCUAAGAUACUACACUACACUACACUACACUAUGUCCAGUACCACCUGGAGCUAAGACACUACACUACGUCCAGUACCACCUGGAGCUAAGACACUACACUACGUCCAGUACCACCUGGAGCUAAGAUACUACACUAUGUCCAGUAUCACCUGGAGCUAAGAUACUACACUAUGUCCAGUACCACCAGGAGCUAAGAUACUACACUACACUACACUACACUAUGUCCAGUACCACCUGGAGCUAAGACACUACACUACGUCCAGUACCACCUGGAGCUAAGACACUACACUAUGUCCAGUACCACCUGGAGCUAAGAUACUACACUAUGUCCAGUAUCACCUGGAGCUAAGAUACUACACUAUGUCCAGUACCACCAGGAGCUAAGAUACUACACUACACUACACUACACUAUGUCCAGUACCACCUGGAGCUAAGACACUACACUACGUCCAGUACCACCUGGAGCUAAGACACUACACUACGUCCAGUACCACCUGGAGCUAAGACACUACACUAUAUCCAGUACCACCUGGAGCUAAGAUACUACACUAUAUCCAGUACCACCUGGAGCUAAGAUACUACACUAUAUCCAGUACCACCUGGAGCUAAGAUACUACACUAUGUCCAGUACCACCAAGAGCUAAGAUACUACACUACACUAUGUCCAGUACCACCAAGAGCUAAGAUACUACACUAUGUCCAGUACCACCAAGAGCUAAGAUACUACACUAUGUCCAGUACCACCUGGAGCUAAGAUACUACACUAUGUCCAGUACCACCAAGAGCUAAGAUACUACACUAUAUCCAGUACCACCUGGAGCUAAGAUACUACACUAUGUCCAGUACCACCUGGAGCUAAGAUACUACACUAUGUCCAGUACCACCUGGAGCUAAGAAAAGCAUUCAACCACUCUAGGGACAGUAAAAGUCCUUGACACUUGGGAUAAUACAAAUCUUAACACGGUCUGACUAAAAGCAACCUAAUGAGAUAUUCAUUAUAAGAGAUGCCAGAUUGUUUAUUCUAAUAUAAAGAUAAAAGACUAUACCCCAAUGGGUGAAUAAAGUGCUUGUUAGUGUUUGUGACUAAAUGGUGUUGUGUUUGUGCUGCAGGUCACUGGUUGCAACUAAUGAGCGUUUGCUGAGAGAACUGGAGGGGACUGGGAGACGGCUCUGAGAGGGAGGGGCAGCUUCACGUCAGAACUACAACAACCAGCAGGCCUACAACUACAACACCAGGGCCAUGUUCAGUAGCUAAAUGUUAUGGAACAUUGCAGGUAGAAAUGUCAUGAGUAGAGCUGAUUCCUUAUUUUACAUGAUGUCAGAGAGAAAUGUAGAACUAACAUUCCUAUCUGAACGUUCCACAACAUUGUCCUGCUGAAUGAGCACCAGCACCAGAUUCCUUCAUCUUAGCUCUAUAUAUACUGGUGCCAGCAUUUACACUGUUCUUUUGACGCUUUGGGAUUAAUUUUGAGCACGUAAACUUGUCAUAAUUUUUUUUUAAAACUUCUGUAUAUCAUCAUGCUGUAUCCACUAUCCACACCUUUACACUGUUCCU